UCCAACUUCCUCUCUCUCGAGUUGGCUCGCUCUCUCUGAUCGUGACGUGUAUCGCCGAGGAGUCCCUGAUUUUGUACAGAAUGCUAAUAUGAAGUUAGCCAGUCUUGUUGCCGGUGAUAUCAAGUGAUUCGCGGAAGAGAAACUAACAAACAAAACUGUCUUCGGCCAGUGCUUCGGAAGCAAUAAUGCCUCUCAUGGUCGGCGGAGGACAUGGACGGGCCGAUAGAAGUGUAGUAUGCGUCUUGUUUCCGCUCGCCGCCGUGUUGUUGUUGUCGGUCGGAGUUGCUGCUAGUCCAGAGGAACACAAAUCUGUCCAAGAGCAGCCACCAGAAGAGAAAGCGCCAAGUCCCCAUCCAGUAGGCCCAGCAGUUUCUGAAGAUGGCUCCACUAAAGGAAACCUGGGUUUCAUUCACGCCUUCGUCGCCUCUAUCUCUGUCAUCAUCGUCUCAGAGUUGGGAGACAAGACAUUCUUCAUUGCAGCCAUCAUGGCCAUGCGUUACAACCGUCUCACUGUGCUGGCAGGUGCUAUGCUGGCCCUGGGAGUCAUGACUUGUCUUUCUGUGCUGUUUGGCUAUGCCACAACCAUCAUCCCCAGAAUCUACACAUACUACGUGUCUACUGCUCUGUUUGCCAUCUUUGGUGUACGCAUGCUGAGAGAGGGGCUGAGAAUGAGUCCAGAUGAAGGCCAGGAGGAGCUGGAGGAGGUGCAGGCAGAGAUCAAGAAGAAGGAUGAAGAGCUUCAGCGGUCCAAGCUGGCCAACGGGACCCCCGAUGUGGAGGCUGGAUCAGGUACUGCCCUGCCUCAGAGGAAGUGGCACGGCUUCAUCUCGCCCAUCUUCAUCCAAGCCCUCACCCUCACCUUCCUCGCAGAGUGGGGGGACCGCUCGCAGCUGACCACCAUUAUUCUAGCUGCACGGGAGGAUCCAUUUGGAGUUGCAGUGGGUGGUACACUUGGACACUGUUUGUGUACGGGACUGGCUGUGAUAGGUGGGAGAAUGAUCGCCCAGAAAAUAUCUGUCAGAACAGUUACAAUCAUUGGAGGGAUUGUUUUUCUGGCGUUUGCCUUCUCCGCCCUGUUCAUCAAGCCAGAAUCUGGAUUUUAAUUGGACAAAAGACUUUACGGUUCGCUCUGUACAUACCUGUAUUCGGUUGAGCUGCUGUAGAGAGACUGUAGUUCUGAUUGUGUAUGUGAGUGAGUGAGAGUGUGUGUGUGUGUGUGUCCAACAGAAUGAGUGACAAGUUAAAGAGCCGAAGAGCUGAAGUCCUGUCCACCUUCCCGAGGAAGCCUCUGUUCCUCUACAGCCUGUAACUCAGCUGGGUUUCCCUUAGAGGUUGAAUUUAGCAUUAGAUAACAUUUCCCAGCAGUCUUAGCCUGAAGUGCACACUAAAGCCUCAUGGGAGGCGUAGUUGUAGUAGUGUUUUAUUUUUAUGAUGUACAGAGGUUAGAUACACAUUUAGAUCAGAACAGAAAACCCUGGAAACCCUUGAGAAAGUCUGAAGUAAAACCCUCAAUGAGGGGAAAACCAACCAUUAACACAUGCAGGUGGAACAGAGGCUCGCUAGGAGAGAAGGCAGGACUGUGGCUUUAUCAUGAGAAUUGUAUUCUCAUCAUGAGAUGAGAUGAAUGAGAGAAAGAAGACUGGAUUGUUGCUGAUCACUGCCCUCCAACCCAUCUUUUAGAGGUUCUGUGGUUCAGAGGCAGAACCUGAAACGCAGUACUUUCCGCAGCCAUCCCAGUUUGCCUUGCCUUUUUGUUGUUAAAUGUCGAAUGGUUGGUUUUUGUCUAUUUAGCUCGAGCCUUAGCUCGUUUAUUCCCCCCUUCCUCUGUGGGUCACACCUUUUCUACAAUCCAUUAAAGUCUCCUGAGGGGUGCACCCACUGUGAGGACAAACUUAAAACUGAAUCAGCAGCACAUGGUGAAGGAACUGCUUUUACUAUCUGUUUUAAGCUGAGAUUUUAUGUUAGAGACACGGUUGAAAUAUUUAGUUAUUCCCCUGUUUGACUGCUGAUACAUUGGAGUGUUUUUUCUUUUAAGAGGCGGAGACCUGAACCACUACAAUACCUCUGUGUCCAGGUGUCGUCCUACCUGACGUGCCUGCAUUAGGUACCCUAUCCUGAGAGCUACACCACAGCUUAUCCAUAGAUUAUGUGCACCUCUUCAAAAUGCUAAUCACGCGUCAGAGAUAUCGAUCAGGGCUCUUCAUCGUAACACCUGCCAGCUUCAGACACAGUGAACGAACCGCGGACCAGGUUAAAGACAGGCCAGUAAUCACAAGUCAACUCUUCCUCUGUGAUUAUAGCCAUUUCCUUGCUGCCUCAAAUCACAGUCAGUUUGUAAUCAUGACUACAUCAGGUACUGAGCAAGUGACAGAAUCAUCACCACCUCUUUUGCCAUAAGCAGCUGUGUUGUAGCUACAGCGACACCUCAGCCGGCGGUGUAAUUCAAACCUACAGUUUUUCCUUUGUAUUUAAAACGGUAUGUAUUUAUUUAGCUUAUUUUCUUUCCUUUUCGCUAUAUGUACUGUAGACACAGAAAAGGGUGGGAGUGAAGUCACUAGAAACAAGGAAUGGAAAUAUUUUUUUAAGUGAAGAGACUAAAGCCGCAUUGUCAAUAUUUGACAGUCUGUGCCCAUCUGUGAAAUUACUUCUGUUUGUGAUACAGGUUGGUCGAAAUGCCUAUAAAUUGGAAAUGCUCAAUAAAAACAUUUCAUGUGUUGUCUUA